UUACCUGUUGCUUCUUACCUGUGAUAAUGAGCACCAGUUGAGAGGGUUGGUCAGUCGGAACAAGACCAGUCGAGGAUAACGGAGCGAAGUGUUCAGUCUAUUAUCGGUCGGCUUACUUGUUCCACGUUUAUAUAGUAGUAGUAGUGUAGAUUAACACGCAGCUAUAUAGUUUUGUAUGCGGUAUUUACCUGGAUAUACCUUUACCACCAUUGACGAUUUGCAAUUUAGACAGGUAGUUUGAAAGCUUGACUGGUGAAAAAAAAAGAAGAAAAGAGAAGAAUUCUGAGGAGCUUUUGGACACAGUAAAAUGGGUCAAGCUUUGUCUAGAAAGCGUACUUUCACCCCGGGCUCAUCAUUGUCGCCAAACGGAGAAAUUCCGUCUUUGAAAACACAGACGAAUGGUACGACCAGCAAAGAGACGGACGGCAAUGUGGUAGUCAUAGAAACCACGGAUAAGUCGGACACCUCUGUGAACGCUAAUUCGAAAGUGACGUUGUCGCCAAACACAACGGCUACGUCCAACGAGGCAGAUACGACUGUCACCUCAGAUGCGUUAGACACGACGGCGUCAGCAAAUCUGUCGACAUCUACAGUCACAAACGAAGGUUCUCCAACUAAGAAAGAGAAGAGAAAAGCUCGGAAGUUGUUCACCUUCAGUCUAAAGCGAUCUAGACCAGGUUCGGGACGGAAGAAAUCGAAGAAAGAAAAUGGAUCUACAAGUCUGGCGUCAGGAUCUGACAAUAGCAAGGAGGAAAAUCGACAAAGUCUGUUCCUCGAGGAAUUCGAGAUCCCGGAAUGCCAUGACACUGACGCAGUGGAUCUGUCGGACCACGAGGACAUUGCAAACAUAUCCAAGAACAUUGAACCUGAAAAUACAUCAACACCUAAAAAAGACGAAUCUUUUAAGAAGAGUAAAAAAGGAUCAAAAUCUCCGAAAGUUUCCAAAAAGAGCAAGAAAAGUAAAUCCGAGAAAAAGAAAAAGACAGAAGAAGCUAAGGCAGAGAAAAAAAGAGAGAAAGAAGAAAAGGCAAAGAAGGAGAAGGCAGAAAGAGAAAGUUUAAAACAGAAAAAAGAUUCGAUGAAGAACAAAGAACCUGUCCUUGUUGUAGAAGAAAGUGUGGUGCCUCUUGAGGUGCAAGCAUCAGAGUCACAGCCGGCAUCUCCUGGUGUCACUUCUAAUCAGAUGGAUAAUGAGACGCCAGGUACAGACACGACAGCUGAUGUCCCAGCUACUGAGGGUUCGAUCACUGUCGAGGUGAAAGAGGAGUCACAGAGUCCGCCUUCGUCCCCAAGGUCAGAUGACGACGGGACACCAAAACGGGUAUCACUUGGACCACGACUGAAGACGGCCAUUUUGCGAAAGGUGAGCAGUGGAAAGGAGAGCGAGUCAUCUAGGGUGACUCUAACCCGACCUAAGAUCGUGGAAAUUCCCAAUCCUCCACCUCGCAAGCAUCGUAAAAAACCAGCAUCACAGAAUGCCGACACGUCGGUGACAAGCGAAGGUGACACUUCAGUGUCAACCACCAUGGAUCAGUCGUCGACCAUUAAUGAAUCUUCUACUGCUGCGGAAACAUCUGCCGAACAGGUAGCCGAAAAUACGUCAGAUGCUUCCACCGAGAAACAAGAAGAGGUAAAAGACGAAAGUGUGAAGACAGAACCAGAGGACAGUGCCAAGUCCGUGACGACUGAAGUCAACAGAGACUCUGAACCAGAGUCACCAGUCACACAGAAAGAAUGGGAGACCGCAGAAUCUGGUCUAGCUGUUGAACAGACAUCGCUCUUUGAAAUAGAGAUUAAAGUGCCAGCAAUAAAAGAAUCUGUUACCACUGAACCAGAUACAAACCAAGAACAAGGCAAAGAAGCUGAUUGCGCAAGUCCAUCACUGAGAGCUGAAGAUACAGACCUUCAAACAAAUGAAGACAGUGGAUCAAGACGUGAAGAAGAAACUAGAGUCCAGCAUGAAACGGUGGAAAAGGACCAGGCAGUGUCUGUCGAGACUUCUACUGAUAAGGAAAGUCACGAUAGGAAUUCUGAAUUCGUAUCUACAACUACAAUAGAUCUUGUGACGUCGUCGCCGGUAACACAGGACUCCUCGACCACGGGACAACAGGACAGAGAUCGCGCUGACGAGGAUAUGCGUGCGAUAGCUAAAACACACACAGAAAUGGUCGUCAACGGUGCAGUGGAGAGUCUGAAAUCUGAAGCUGUGGACAAGGAAGAGAGUUGCUGUGAACAAGUAAGCGAUGAUAGUCCUAAAGAAGAAGGUUCCUCGCCUUCACAAGAAGUGAUUGCCGUAAACAAAUACUCCAUAGAAACGGGUGAAACUUGUACAGUGAUAACAGUGGGUAACAAGUCGGAGAUCAGUGAGAUAAAGACAGUCGACAAGGGCCCGCAAGGUGAAGACGAACAUGAAUUAACCACGAGUGCAAAAGACAUUGCUGACAGUAAUACUAGUGCUAUAAAUGAAUCCAGUGACAUUUCUGUUGACAGCAAUGCUUGUGAGGAACAGAGAACCAUUACAAAUGGCAGUAACGUGUGUGCUGAACAUAGCUCAACGGAAUAUGAUAGUAAUGAGCAUGGAAAACAUAGCUCCAUACACAAUGACAGUAAUGUUUCUACUGAACAUGCAUGCACAGAGAACGACAGUGGUGUUUGUGUGGACAAUGAGAUUACUGAGCAUGCAAGUGACAAUAAUGUGUGUGCUGAACAAAGCCACUCAGAGAAUGACAGCAACAGAUUGUGUGAUGUUUCACAGGGGGAUAAUGAAGGCAAAGACUCUGAAACUGUCCAUGAAAACGGCGGCUCGGAACAGUCAGACGAGGUGCUCACGAUAACCGAAACCAUAACGAUUAUCGAACUGAGAGAAGUACAUUCUGAGCCAUCUCACGAGAAGGAAGCUAACAACAAUAAGGUUCUAUCCGCUGGAAGCACAGACAAAGAUGAGCGAAAGGAGGAACCGGCAUUCAAAACAGAGGUGCACGUAGUUUUGGAAGUGGGAGACACGCCAGAGGUCGAGUGAGAGCACCACCUACACUGGAAGUCAUCAUUUCUCACCAUUCCGGGAAAAAACACGUCGAAGAAUAAUAUAACAUUAUGAAAUAACGCCGCGGAAGUGAAUGGUGUAAGCUACCGUAUACACCAGGAUAAAAAAAAGUUCGAGUUGUUGGCCUUUACGUUAAACGAUAAAAGAGUUAUCGACCUUUAAAUUAAACCAUAAACGGGUUACUGACCUUUGGAAUAUAUAAUAGGACACGAAGGUGAUCAAACUUUGAAUUAUGGGGGGGGGGGGGGGGGGGGGGGGGGGGGUUACUGGCCUUUUAAAUUACAGGAUAAUGAGUUAUCGACCGUUAAGUAAUACAGUAUGAUAAACGAGUGAUUGGCCUUUAUUUUUCAAUAUGCAAUAUGUAUGGCUGUAUUUCUUACAAAAGCAGGGAGGGAAAUCAAGUAAUGUAUUAUACGAGUGUUGUUUGAGAGUCAUAUCAAUAUAAAAUUAUUUUGGCUUAACGCGUGGUGGCCAUUGUGAUUUAGAAAUAACCCAAAUACCAAAGAUUACAUUUUUAAAAUCAUCUAUAACAUGUAACCCUAUUUACAUAUCUAUUUUAAUACAUUUAAAAAAAAGUGUCUAGAUGUUUAGAACUAUAGGGUAAACUAGUAUUUUGUUACAGUGGACCAAAAAAAUACCUUGUUAUCAUUCGCAUGAUUUUAUCAUAAAGCAUUAUGGCAGAAACUGUAUGUUGAUAUUUUGUUUUAUUUUUUUUAUUUUUUUUUUUUAUUAUUAUUAUUUUUUUUUUAACUCUUGACAAUUGAGAAUUGAUGACACAUUUGAGUUUAUAAAAUUAUAAAAUGAUACAGUAGUAUCCAAUGAAAACAUGAGAAUCUAGUCUGUGCAUCCAAUGAAAACAUUCAAUGUAAGAUACACUAAGAUUGUAAUUCGUUGCCUAAAGUCUAAGCCACACGAUACGAGUGCUUCGUACGAAAAUAGCCGAUUGACAAGAGGUACUCGUAACAUGAAUGUUAAAUAAAUAAGCAUUUUUUAAAAUUACUAUUUUAUUGCUUUACCUACCCCACCCAUUUAACAGAAAGAAGCAUACAUACUAUUUUACGGCAGUAAAGCCCAUUUACGAAUUCCUGGCUACGAAUAUAUAUAUAUAUAUAUAUAUAUAUAUAUAUAUAUAUAUAUAUGUUAUGUUGAUAACCAAAGAAAAGCUAAAUACGUUUUUAUGAUUAUUUAUGCUGUACGUGUACAUAUUUUACGCGGGAAAUUGUAUCUUCUGCUUAUUUAUCCUGCGUCGCUGUCGCAAGCACUCGUCUUUACCACCUAUAAACAUAUCAGCAUUACCGUGUAUAUGUCGCCCCAGCGUCUACUUACUUUGAGAAACUACCUCGUAGAUGUCACAGUGAACCCUGCUGCGUCCUUUAAUAUAUACGUGUAUAUUUAAUUUUUAGGGCUGUUCCAAAAAUGAUCACGGUGGUGACAAGGAACAAAAUAGUUUUCAAUAUUUUCCAGCACCACAUAUGGUAAACAUAAUUUAUAUUUGGUUAUUGCUUGUUUUUGUCCUUCUGUGAGAGAGAGAGAGAGAGAGAGAGAGAGAGAGAGAGAGAG